AUGGACAAAGUCGAGCGAGUGAUGAAGAUGGUGAAGAGGAUGUCUCCGAGGAAGAAGAGGAGAGAAGGGGGAGGAAGAGUGGGAGGACCAGGAGAGCUGGAGAGCCCGGACACACUGUGUGAUGAACUGUGCCGCUUCAGCCUCUGCAUCAGCGAUGAUGGACCAUACGGAAAAUCGAAGGAUAUCUCUGGACCAGAGCACACUAUGGCCUCCAGAAGACACAGCAUACCAGAAGCUCUGCGGGGGGUGACUAUGGUGGAGCUGGUGAAGAAAGAAGGCAGCACGCUGGGCCUCACCAUCUCAGGAGGAACCGACAAGGAUGGGAAACCACGGGUAUCCAACCUGAGGCCCGGAGGACUGGCAGCUAGGAGUGACCAGCUAAAUAUCGGUGACUACAUUAAGUCAGUGAAUGGGAUCAAUUUGACCAAAUUAAGGCAUGAAGAGAUCAUCAGUUUACUGAAGAACGUAGGAGAAAGAGUUCUGUUGGAGGUGGAGUAUGAACUACCCCCUACAGCACCAGACAGCACCUCAGGGGUUAUAUCAAAGACAAUCGACAUCUGUUUGCACAAAGAGGGGAACAGCUUUGGUUUCGUCAUGAGAGGUGGCACCCAUGAGGACUGGCACAAGUCCCGCCCCUUAGUCGUCACCUAUGUCAGACCAGGCGGUCCAGCAGACAGAGAGGGCACACUGCGUCCCGGCGAUCGUCUACUGAGCGUGGAUGGCGUUCCGCUGCACAACGCCAACCACAGUGAUGCCCUCAGUGUGUUGGCUCAGUGUGGCCAGGAAGCCCUGUUCCAAAUAGAGUAUGAUGUCACAAUAAUGGACACAGUGACGAAUGCAUCUGGUCCCCUGCUGGUGGAAAUCGCAAAGUCGCCAGGAGCCACACUGGGCAUCACACUGACGUCAGCCAGUCAUCGAAACAAGCAGGUCAUCGUCAUCGACCGGGUCAAACCGGGCAGCGUGGUGGACAGAUGUGGAGCUUUACAUGCUGGUGACCACCUGCUGUCUAUAGAUGGGACGUCCACAGAGCACUGCACCGUCCUGGAGGCCACGCAGCUCAUAGCAAGCACAACAGAACUGGUUAAACUGGAAAUCCUCCCCUCCCAUCAGACGAGGCUGACUGGGAAACAGCAUGACACAGUGAAGGUUCAGAAAUCAGACCAUCCUCACUCUUGGGACCCCUGUGUCAACUACUGUCACCCUCCAAACUCCACCCUCAACGCAACCGCCACUCUCAACAAGUCAUGGACCGCCUCCAACAACAACACCAUCAACAGCCUUGACUACUGCAAAUCUCUGGUGUCAGCUAGUUUUUCUCCUGGCUCUACGACCACAUCUGGCCCCAGCAGUCAGAGCUCCAGCACCCUGCCAAGGACUACAGUUCCCAUGAGUCCCAGGAACUCGCUACUUAAACGACGGCAGAGGAAGAAAGAGCACAAGAGUUCCUUGUCCUUAGCGUCCAGUUCCGUGGGCCCAGGUGGUCAGGUGGUUCAUGUGGAGACCAGUGAGGUGGUCCUUACAGGUGACCCACUGAAUGGUUUUGGUGUCCAGCUGCAGGGAGGAAUAUUUGCCACGGAAACACUGUCUGCUCCUCCGCUCAUCAGGUUCAUAGAGCCAGACAGCUCUGCAGAGCGGUGUGGCCUUCUGCAAGUCGGGGACCGGCUUCUGUCGAUCAACGGAAUCCCCACAGAGGAUGGAACUCUGGAGGAGGCCAAUCAGCUUCUCCGAGACGCAGCGCUGACCAAUAAGGUCACACUGGAGAUCGAGUUCGAUGUAGCAGAGUCAGUGGUGCCUAGCAGCGGUACUUUCCACGUUAAACUGCCGAAGAAAAGAGGAGUGGAGCUGGGACUCACCAUCAGCACCAGUAAGAAGUCUGGAGAACCCCUCAUCAUCUCUGACAUCAAGAAGGGCAGCAUGGCACACAGGACAGGAACUCUGGAGCCUGGAGAUAAGCUCCUGGCCAUCGAUAACAUCCGUCUGGAGAACUGUUCCAAAGAUGACGCCGAGCAGAUUCUGCAGCAGUGUGAGGAACUGGUCAAACUCAAGAUCCGCAAAGAUGAGGACAACUCUGAUGAGCAGGAGACGUCAGGCAGCAUCAUCUACACAGUGGAGCUGAAGCGUUAUGGAGGCCCUCUGGGUAUCACCAUCUCAGGCACCGAGGAGCCCUUUGACCCCAUCACUAUAUCUGGACUGACCAAGAGAGGCCUGGCUGAGAGGACAGGGGCUAUUCACGUGGGAGAUCGGAUUUUGGCAAUCAACAGCGUCAGUCUUAAAGGCAAACCACUGAGUGAAGCCAUCCACCUCCUGCAGAUGGCCGGAGAGACGGUCACCCUCAAGAUAAAGAAGCAGCUGGACAAUGUAGAGGAGAGGAAGGCAGCAGAGGUCGAAGACACAACAGAGAAUGAGAUCAGUGACACCGAAGAAGACGAUCUGACUGACAGCCAGCAGACCAACAAGCUGUCAGAGCUGUAUUCAACCACCAUACCCAGCGUGGACUCCGCCAUGGAGUCAUGGGACGGCUCAGGGCUGGACGCCGGCUACGGCAGCCAGGGUACAUACAGCCACCAGGCGGCGGGGAUCGCCCUCCACCCUCAUGAGUGGCGUAGCGCCAAACAGCAGCGCAGUGGCACGCCUCCUCCUGGUCGCAGGAAGAACUACCCUUUCAGUGAUGGAGGCUUCAGUGAGGACGACUGGGACAAACCACCAGGAUUUAUAGGUCAACAGCCGGAUGGGAUCCUCCUGGAUCCAGAUGACAGUUUCUGGUGUCAGGCCCUGGAGGACCUGGAGACCUGCGGCCAAUCAGAACUGCUGAGAGAGAUUGAGGCCUCCAUCAUGACAGGCACAGCCAUUAGUCUGGGCGUGGACGGUGUCAGCAAACCUCCACCUGAGCCCAUACUGAGUCACAACAGGAUGAGUCCACUGAGGAGAAACUCUCUGAUGCACCAGGGGAACCUGCUCCACCAGGGAACCCACCUGCACCUACAUGAGGAGGCCCACCUGCAUGAGGAGGCCCAGCUCCAUCAAGAUGCCUUCUUCAACCAAGACCUUCUGCACCAGGAUGCCAUCCUGCACCAGGGAGCCCAUCUCCGCCAAGACAACCAGUCCCCUGUCCUUCACCAGGAGCCCAAGCCCAAGGCCUCACUAAGAGUUUCAGAGAGGACAUGGGAGUCCCGUCGAAUCAAAGAGGAGAUGCAGGGGAUUGUCUCUCCAACCCCUCUGGAGCUGCACAAAGUGACAGUGAUCAAGGACCCAGAGAGUGAUGACUUUGGCUUCAGCGUGUCAGAUGGAUUUUUGGAGAAAGGAGUUUAUGUCAACAUGAUCCGACCUGAUGGACCGGCCGACCGAGCUGGACUCAGACCAUAUGAUCGAAUCCUGCAGGUAAACCACGUGAGGACCCGGGACUUCGACUGCUGCCUGGCGGUGCCUCUCAUCACAGAGGCCGGAGACAGACUGGAGCUGGUCAUCAGCCGCAACCCGCUGGCCAACGACGACGGCGAGGACAACAAUAACACUUUAGACCACCCACUGGACCUGUAACACACAAACACACUCAGUCUGUCACACUCAGGCAGAAGGCAAACUGGUAAUGAGGUGGAAUCUCCGUUGAAGGUGACCCAAACAAACACACACUUCACCGGCUCGCAAUAAUUCCACUGAAACAUAGACUCCUACAGGAACACACAACUGCAUGCUCACACCGUCGCCCCCGUCAUCUAAUGUGAACCGCCGUCGUACCCGAGUACCGACCCAGGAUGGACCGACGGCACCAGCUCACAGUUCCCACACUGAGGUGUAAACAGGAACAAAUACUCACUUGUCACAUUAAUGUGGCGUUUCUACCAACUUCUCACCUACAGUCACAUCUGCCAUUUGAGUGGUCUUUUCCCUUGUUUGGAAUGUGAACAUAGUGAUUUAAGAGAGAUUUGCCUUAUUACACAAAAUCAUACACUGUAAAUUAACCCAUAAAGACCCAAACAUACACUGGUGACCCAAAAGCAUCUACUGAUCUAAAAUGUUUAAUUCCAAUUGAUCCACCA